AGAGAGAGAGAGAGAGAGAGAGAGAGAACAAACACUUCAAUGGAAAUUUGCUCUACUUUUACAUACAUCCUGCUCUUUCUCUCUACUCUACUCUUGUACUACUUAUCAAGGAAAGAAAAGAGAAAACAGUCGAAAUUACACAAAGAAAGGGCCAAGCUUCCCCCAGGUUCAAUGGGGUGGCCAUGUAUUGGAGAGACUCUCCAACUCUACUCUCAAGACCCAAAUGCAUUCUUCACCACAAAGCAGAAAAAAUAUGGAGAUAUAUUUAAAACCCACAUACUUGGCUGUCCUUGUGUUAUGCUAGCAAGCCCUGAGGCAGCAAAGUUUGUGCUGGUGACUCAUGCUCACUUGUUCAAACCCACAUACCCAACGAGCAAAGAGAAGAUGAUUGGUCCUUCAGCACUGUUUUUCCACCAAGGAGACUACCAUACUAACCUCCGGAAGCUGGUUCAGAGCUCACUAUCGCCUGAAGCAAUUCGAAAACUAAUUCCCGAUAUUGAAGCAUUAGUCGUUUCCUCCUUGGAAUCAUGGGCCAUCGGGCAAGUCAUCAACACCUUCCGUGAGAUGAAGAAGUUGUCUUUCGAGGUGGGCAUUCUCUCUAUCUUCAGUCACUUGGACAGCAAAUAUAGGGAAGAGCUGAAGGAGAACUACUGCACAGUAGUUAAGGGUUACAAUUCCUUUCCAACAAACCUUCCAGGAUCUGCAUAUCAAAAAGCUUUAACAGCGAGGAAAAGGCUUGGUGAGAUUCUGAGAGAGAUAAUUUGGGAGAGGAAGGAGAAGAAACUAUUGGAAAAGGAUUUGUUGGGUCAUCUACUCAACUUCAAGGAUUCAAAGGGGCAAACUUUAACCGAGGAUCAAAUCUCUGAUAACAUCAUUGGAGUACUGUUUGCUGCUCAAGAUACUACAGCUAGUGUCUUAACAUGGCUUCUCAAAUACCUCCAUGAUCACCCGAAACUUUUAGAGGCUGUUAAAGGUGAGCAAAAGGCAAUUUAUAAAAGAAAUGACAGAGGAAAUCGGCCAUUGACAUGGUCUCAGACUAGAAAUAUGCCACUGACACACAGGGUAAUAUUAGAAAGCUUGAGGAUGGCAAGCAUCAUAUCAUUCACAUUCAGGGAGGCUGUGGUCGAUGUAGAAUAUGAGGGAUACCUUAUUCCAAAAGGUUGGAAGGUGAUGCCAUUGUUCAGGAACAUUCACCACAAUCCUGAAUUCUUCAAUGACCCUCAAAGUUUUGAUCCGUCCAGGUUUGAGGUUGCUCCAAAACCCAAUACAUACAUGCCAUUUGGCAAUGGAGUGCAUGCUUGUCCAGGAAAUGAGCUUGCCAAAUUGGAGAUGCUUGUUUUAGUCCACCAUCUUGUCACCAAGUUUAGGUGGGAAGUUAUAGGUUGUCAAAGUAUGGUUCAAUAUAGCCCAUUCCCAGUCCCUCACAGUGGUCUCCCAGCUAGAUUUUGGAAUGAAUCCAAAAGCCUAGAAGUUUUACCGUAGUAGAAAGAUACAUUCCCAACUUAGAUUAAGUUUUCCAAAAUGUCACCAAACCCUAUGUUUUUUUUCUUAUGGGGUCUCUAUCUCCCUUUUAUUGUCUACUUUCAAUGGUAUCCUUGUGUGUAUUAGUAUUAUUUCUUUAUAAAAUGUGGACUUUGUAAGGACAAUUGUGCCUCAAUUUAUGUAGUUUAAAAACUUUGUUCCCUAUUUCUAACAAUAUGUCAUGUCUCUUCAAAUGCUUCCGUGUUUUUUAAUGUUUUAAAGGGUAAAAACACAUUGGACCUAUUUGGAAGGUGCUGAAAACUUCGGGGCUAUUUGGUUUGUGUUUACAAAACAAUAUUUUGUUCUCAAAUCUCUAAAAAUAAGAGAGAUGCUGUUUGGUUAGUUUUUUAUUAUCCAAUUUUUUGAAAAUUCUAGAAAUUGAAGUGUAAU